UAAAUAGUCGACCUGUCGUUUGCUUUAGUUUUUAAGUUUAGUAAGUGUUAAUAAUAUUUUUUGAUGCAGUGUAACUACAUAUAGAAUGACUAUCAAGUUUAUGUUAGAAUUUUAAAAGCCUUUCUGUCUGCCUGCAGAUUUUCUAAAUAGAUUUGGAGGUUAAAGAAAGAACAGGCCAAGAUACUGCUGCAACAUGAAGAAAGUACCAUAGAAAUAAAAUCUGCAUUACUUGUCUCGUAAUCAGAGAAAUUGCUUUGGAUUUGCCGGUCAUUACAUAAUCUCAUUCCACGCAAAAUCACCGGAACUGUAUAGAACGUAUAUUAGAUUGAAAGUAUAAGUACAAAAUAAAAUUUUUAAAACAUGCAGAAGCCGCUUAUACUGUUGGUAUUUUUAUUGACAACUUUUAGUGAUUUAGUGCAUCCACAAAAGAAGCCUAACAAUGUGUGUCCGACGUUAAGGGAUUAUUUUAAUAUGAUAAAUAAUAGUAAGUGUUGGUAUGACUUUGCCGCAGAAAUGACAGUGCCGGAGAUUAUUAGAAACAAUGGCUACCCAAUCAUCACAUACAAAGUGCGAACUCAAGAUGAAUUUCACCUAACAGUAUUUAGAAUACCAGGAGUUAAUCCAAAAAAGCCUCCAGUGUUUAUGCUUCAUGGUGUUCAGAGCACUUCUGGAAUUUUUGUCGGGUUAGGAAGAAGAUCAAUUGCAUUUCAACUCGCUGAUGCAGGAUAUGAUGUUUGGUUGGGAAACUAUAGGGGAACUGAAUAUUCUGAAGGGCACGAAUCUUUGAAUGUUACACAAAAAGAAUUUUGGGAUCAUAGUGUAGAUGAAAUAGCCAAAUAUGAUUUACCAGCAAUGUUGCAACUCGUCCAGUACCACUCUGGUGACAAAGGCAAGAUCAUUUACGUUGGUCAUUCACUAGCUUCAACUGCAGGAUUAAUGUUUGCCUCGGAUAAUCCAGAUUUCGCGAACAAAUUAGUACAGCUAUUCAUAUUUUUAGGACCUGCAUAUAAAAUGACACAUAUGAGAAGUCCUUAUAGACUAUUUUUUCCAUUGUUUUAUCCUGCUUUGGAUUUGACAAGUGCUUUAAAUAUUGUUCAACUGGUAUCCCGAGGGUAUGCUCGAAGACUAACCAGGCCCACUUGUAUGGCCUCGCCUAUAAUUAUGUUAGGUUGUGUCGCUCUACUUAAUAUGUUUAUUGGACCUUUUACUGAAAUAGCACCGGAGACAAUUCCAGUAUAUUUUAACCAAUUGCCAGGCGGAACCUCACUUAAAACCUUGACGUUCCUUGGCGAAUCAGCAAAAGGAAAUUUUAGAAAAUAUGAUUAUGGACCCGGAAAAAAUCAGUUUCUCUAUGGAAACAUGACACCUCCAGAAUAUGAUAUUAAAAAAAUAAAAGUGCCUAUAUUUAUUAUUUAUGCUAGGAACGACUGGGCAACUACAAAAGAGGAUGCGCUGCUUCUUUACAAACAACUUCCCGAAUCUAUUAGAGUAGGAAUCUACGGAGUCGAAAAAAACAAUUUUAAUCACAACGACUUUUUUUUUGGUAGAAACUCGGAUCAACUUGUGACAAAACCUGUGAUGCAAAUUAUAGAUACAUUUUUAAAAAGAAAAGAGCUACAAAUCAUGAAAAAUAGGGGCCAACCAUUACAACGAAAUAGAAAAAAAAAUUAUCAUAGAGUGGAAAGUGACAGAUUUAGAAUAAAUUUAUGACUUUAAAAUAAUUAUCCAGUUUCUAACAUUUGUAUAUACAUUUUUUGCCAUAUGAAAAACUUUUUAUUUAAGGCUGCCCAUCCAAAUCGUACCUUCUGCCAUCCACUAUAACAUAUUGUAUGCCUAGUGGAAAAAUUAAAUUUUGGUAAAAUUCAAAGACUUGCUAAACUUGCUUUUGAAAAGGAUAACAUAAAAAUUAUCAUAAAUCAUUUGUUUAAUCACAUAAUAUCAAAAUUUACUUUAAUUUUAAAAAAAUGCAUUUUUUAUUCUUUUAAAGUACGGAUACUUGUACAAGUGAAGAUAAUUGUCAAGAUUCAUUUAGUAUCAAAUUUUAUUUCACGAAAUUCAACCAUCACUUUAAAAAACACAUUAAAGAUGCAUCAUUUCUAGAAUAGUGUUGCUCAAAUAGCUCUGCCACGUAACUUUUACAUUUUUUCAAUUAAUAUUUUAAUUUUCAAUAAUUUCUACUUUUCUAUGAUUAUGUACAGCAUAAUUAAAAGGUUUAAAAGCUUUUUAAUAAUUUCUUCAUAGGACAACUACCUGUCGACUAUCUGGCAAACUUAAAUAUGAAGUACAUAUCUGAUAUUUGCUUACUUAAAUACUGUACAAAUAAUGUGGUUAGUAUUAGAAACCAAUUAAAUUAAAAAUUUAUAUUUUUGUCCCACGUAUUCAUAAUAUUUCGAGGCAUAAUUUUAUUAAAAGUAAAUUUAUUAAUUAUAAAAAACAAAGCAUCUACUUUAUUAAGAUAUUCCGUAAAAGCUCUCCUUAUUGCUGUCUUUGACCUUAUUUUUAUAUUCUUUCACCUUCUGAAAAAAUUUGUUCUAAAGUUGUACUAUACUUUUUGGUCAAAAGUUGUCUUCAUCAGAAUUUUUUUUUUUAUUUAUAAAUUUUUUUUUCUUGACGUGUUUUUGGAUUUUUGCCGCUUUGCUUUUUAUUGACGCGUAACCGUAUUUAAACUCUUUUAUUUAUCGUACGUGUCGCAACUUUUUAUCUUGUUAUUUUUGGUUAUAUAAAUAUGAAUUAUUUUUUAAGUUGCGAGUAUAUAGUUUUUUAGUAAUAGUGUUUAAUAUUUUUGUUAAUAUUUUUUAUUAAAAUUAAAUUUAUAGUAUACUCAUA